AUGAUGAACAGCCUUGGUGUCAUCGUUGCCCCUACAAUGAACUUGUUACAUGAAGAAACGGGGGAAAUCUGUGGUCAUCCAGCGUCUGCAAUCCAGUGUACCGGAUUUUUUAUUGGGAAGUUAUUAUCAGUUUCAGUUGUUUCUUUCAAUAUUCCGGCCCUGACAAUUGUGCUUUUUUGGACGGCGGUCACAUUCUCGGCAGCCGUCCACGAACAUGAAAGAACUCCAUUUGUUCAAGAGGAUCCAAAUUUGCAACAUCUUUGUCGCGGAUCUUUGUCCGACUACGCGGCAUGUCAGUGUAAGGAGGAUGAGGGCGAAGUUGCUUGUAUAAAUGCACAGUUCGUUGACACAGAUGUGUUCUUCAAUGUCAACGCUCAUUACAAGUCACUGCAAAAAUUGACUUUUCAUGGAAAUAACUUCCAAGAUCUGCCAGCCACAUCACUAUUUGGCUCUGUAAGCCACAGUAGACUGCACACAUUGAAUAUUUCUGCCAACUACAUAGUUAAUCUCAAUUCAAAUGCGCUGAAAGGUUUGCCGAAUCUGCGGGUUCUGGAUUUGUCGAACAACGAAAUAGUUCUGAAAGAAGGAGAUGUGGAUUUUUUGACGCACACCCCUCGAUUAACUGAGUUGUACCUGCGACGAGCAUUUACUGCUACGAUUAAUAGGACAGUUCAGUUCGACUUAAUGAUGAGGAUGUUUAAAAAGGCGAAUCUAAAAUAUCUUGAGGUGCUGGAUCUGUCCUACAAUUUCCUCCAGUCGGUUCCUUUUGAACUACCUUGUCCGUUCCCUUCAUUGAUCUCACUUGAUCUUCGUCAAAAUUUUCUCAAAACCUUGGCGGUGAAUGCUUCUUGCUUAUCAAAUGUCCAAUCAUUAGACUUGAGCAGAAAUCAGUUCUAUUCGUUGACUCCUUCGUUCCGCCACCUUGCGUUAUCAGCACAACCAAACACCUACGUUCUACGUAACCCAUUCCACUGUGAUUGUAAAUCCAAUGAUUACAUUACGUGGGUCAGAUCUACGGAUGUGAUCCGAGAUAAGCACACGCUGGUGUGCGAUCGUGCAAGCCCACGAAAUUAUGUUGGUGCUCGUCUUGUUGAAGUUCCAUUGCACAAAUUGGACUGUUCUGUGAAUCUGUUUGCAAUGAGCUCACCUCAGUGUUCGUUGGUUACUGCCUCCGUUAUUGGCCUCAUUUUCAAUCUCGCCUGA